UGGGGCUUGAUUUGCUGCCUGUGGAAAAUUUCGUGCCAAGCUUUGACCCUCUUGCGCCAUGUUUGAUCUCUUCGGUGUAAAAAGCCAGGACUCGGUCAAGGACGAGAGACCCUGGCUCCUGAUGGCGGCCCUUUGACUUCCUCAUUUUCUGUGUAAAAUGAAGCCUUUUCUUGUCUCUCAGUCGUGCUAAGGUUAACUUUGACCCUCAAAGACUAUUCCGCAAUCCUGUAUGCUGUCCCCCUGCCGGGCUUGGGUCCUUGUAAACAAGGUGGUCAAGUAAAAGAUGGCUAAAAGCUUACGGAGUAAGUGGAAAAGGAAGAUGCGGGCUGAAAAGAGGAAAAAGAAUGCUCCGAAAGAGCUCAACAGACUUAAAAAUAUUCUCAAAGUUGGCAGUGAUGUUUUAAUGAAAGAUGUUGAAGAAAUAGCAACUGUGGUGGUACCUAAACAUUGCCAAGAGAAAACGCAGAGUGUGGUGAAUGAUGAAAAAGAUGACAUGAAAAUGGAGACUGAGAUUAAGAGAAACAAAAAGACUCUUCUAGACCAGCAUGGACAGUACCCUGUGUGGAUGAACCAGAGGCAAAGAAAAAGACUGAAGGCAAAGCGAGAAAAAGGAAAGGGGAAGAGCAAAGCAAAAGCAGCAAAGGCAGCAAAGGGUUUGGCCUGGUAGACUCUUAAAACUUGAAGAAUUCUACAUGGGACAGAUGUUUGAUUGGAGAAUGUAUACAUUGAUUUUGACUGUCACUAAAUGAAAACUAUUCAUUUUCAUAUUUUAAGUUGACUUUUUGUCUUCAAUUCAAACCCAGAAUAACCCCUCAAGUUUGUUUUAGGAACUUGAAUAAAGUAUUUUCUUUAGUAAAUGAAAGGUAUAUUGAUGUUUUAAUUGGAUGUCACUCAAUAUCUAUAUACUAUAAGACAUCAAAAUUCUGUCAAGAAUUAAUAUGGUUUACCAGGUGUGUUGGAACACACAUGUGAUCCCAGCAGCUCAGGAGAUUUAGGCAGGUGGAUCACAAGUUCAACGACAGCCUCAGCAACUUAGCAACUGAGACCAUGUAUCAAAAAAUAAAAAGGUUUGGGGUGUGGCUUAGUGGUUGAGUGCCCCUAAAUUCAAUCCCUGGUGCAAAAAAAAUUGAUGUGGUUAUAAUUGUUGGAUCUUACAACUUGGUAAAAUCAUCCAAUAAAGGUAAAAUGAUAAACUGACAAAUUUGAGCAAACUCAAAUUUAAAAAGCUAUUAUGUGGUUAUAUUUUUUAAAAAUGUGACAUCAGUGGGUCUUAUAAAUAGUACUAGAUUGAAGUUUUGAUUUCUGUAAUUCAGAAUAAAAGAUAUUUUGUGUGUAAAACUUUGAUCUUUUCUUCUUUUGUACAUUAUGAAGGUUUCCCAGUACUAGAGAAGACCAGAAAUUUCCAUUAAAUUUUUUAAAAGUCUUAGGUGGAAUAUGUGAAUUUAUACAAAUCAAUGUUUCAAAUUAAAGUACCUCAAAUUUUUCCUAGAAACUUACUUAAUGUUCUUCAGUUUUAAUAUUGUGUAGCCUAAAUAUAAUAUAGUACAGCUUUCCCAGCGUAUGUUUUUCAGAAUCCACUUCUCCAGGUGCUUUUGGGAGAAAAAAAAAAUUUGUGGUCACAUCAAUUUGGGUAAUGCUAUAUACCCAAAGAAUGACAGGAAAUGUUACUUUAUUAUUAUAUGGUCUUAUAUAGGUCAGUUUCUGAGAAAUAGAAUACACUAUCGAAAAUGUUGGUACUAUAAUGGAAGUUAGUUUUAGUUAAAUAUCUUGCUAUAAUUUGCUAAUUUCAGUCAACUUUAAUCAAUCUAAAUUUCUCAUUUCCUCUGAAAUUUCAGUCUAAUCAGAUUAAUAAUUUUAUUUGUUUACUGACAUAAUGAAAUAUUUAUUGAGUACUUCCUUUGUGCCAGGGACUUUUCUAGGUACUGGGUAAUAUUAUUACCUGGGUACGUAGAACUGAGAAUUGUGCACCUGCUCAGAAGACGUUAAAUACACCAGAAAAUCAAGUGAAGGGUGAAAAUUUUUAGAAUAAAUUCACUUGGCCACGAGGUCACGAACUGUGCCAAGAGUCCUAGGAGGCUGGGGCACAGUAUAGAUAGAUAGGAUAUGACCAAAAUCCUAUAGAAUAUUGGAAUCUAUAAAAUUUAAUGCCAGUAAAAUAAUUGAAGUUAUUUUAAUAGGCUUUUCUUAAUUAACUCUAUUUCAUUUCAGAAGUUAGUGGAUAACUUCAAAUAUUUAAAAUAGGUUGGACAUGUAGGUCAGUGAUAGAGCACUUGCCUAACAUUCAUAGAGUCAGGUUCAAUCUCCAGUACCACAUACACAUACACACAGAAAUUUAGACUGACGUUUCAAAAGUAGUGCAGGGUGUGAUAAAUCGAGAAGUAUAGUAUAUAUCUAUUAUUAACUUAUCUUUUUAAAAAAAUUUUUUUAGUUGUAGAUGGAUAUAAUACCUUUAUUUUAUUUUUAUGUGGUGCUGAGGAUCAAACCCAGGGCCUCUGCAUGUGAGGGGAGCACACUACUGCUGAGCUCAACCCCAGCCCUUUAUCUUUUUAAAAUUUGUCCUCUUAAUUUGACUGAUGUUUUCCAGAGAACUGUAAAACCACCAGGUGGAGCUCAAGCUAAAUACCAAAUCAUUUUUGGAAUUAGGUUGAGCUAUUGCAUUAGGAAUUGAAUGUAAAGUUUUUUUUUUUAAUUCAAAUAUUUAAGAAUAAUCAAAAUAGCAUAAAGUAUUAAAUCAUUUAAUUCAUCCAGCAAUCCUGAGUUGGGUGCUAAUAUUCUCUCUUUACACAGAAUGAAACUGAGGCACACAGGCCAUGUAUACAAAACCAGGAGACCUGCGAUUCAAAUUCAGGCAGCUGGGCCCUAGAGCCUAUACUCUUAGAAUGACAAUCUGCCUCUUCAGGAUGCCCAAAAUUGCUAAAAGAAAAAGGUGAUUUUAGGGUAGAACACUUAAUUUUUGGUUCAACCCAUGAUGGGUUAGGUUGAUAAAGACUCAGGAUCAGAUAAAGAGCAGACUUUAGUAAAGAAAUGAUUCAUAGAAUGCUCCUCAAACCUCUGGACCUAAAACAGAUUGGAUUUCCCUAAGAAACUCUUCAUUAGGAAUGGACCUACCUUUUCCAAAAGAAGAAGGUAUGGCCAUGAUCAUCAUUGCACAGGCUGCUACUGAAAAGAAAUGUGAACUGCAGUUGAAGCUCUAAGUAGUGGUUUUGACCACAUUAUUUUUUCUGUUGUCAAAUUAAUGUAGAUGCCUAUCUUUUUCCACUACUUUGCAUGCUAUAUAAAGUGUGCAACAGUGUAUAUUUGCUUGUUAAGAAAUUUGAAUGUUUUCAAAAUUUGGACCUACAUAUCUAGGAUUUUUAGAAGCUGGAGAAGAAAAACUAUCUGGCUAUAAAUGACUUGAUUCAACCAUCUGAAAUGUACUGGUGGGUGGUGACAGAGACAAUGGUGUAUAGUUUAGGCUAGUGAAGUGCUAGUCACAAAAAAAUUAGGGGCCUCUAAAGAGACAUCAAGGAAUUGCCAGAUCUAUCUAUCCAUCUAUCUAUGUAUCUAUGUGUCUAUCUAUCUAUCUAUCUAUCUAUUUAUUUAUUUUGUACCAGGGAUUGAACUCAGGGGCACUGAACCACUGAGCCAAAUCCCCAGCCCUAUUUUGUGUUUUAUUUAGAGACAGGGUCUCACUGAGUGACUUAGCGCCUUGCAGUUGCUGAGGCUGCCUUUGAACUUGUGAUCUUCUGAUCUCAGCUUUCAGAGCCACUGGGGUUAUAGGCAUGCACCACUGUGCCUGGCCAGAAUUGCCAAAUUUAUAAGCACUACAAUUGAAAUUCAGAUAUUAGACUUGGGUAAUCUUACUAGCUAAGUGGCUGGCAGAUUGAUUCAACUAUGUGCUAGGCACAAAUAUAAAUAAUUCUUUUUUCCUAGUAUUUGCUGGCAUAUGAGAACACUAUUACAGCAGACACAUACCUGUUUUACAAGAAAGGGUUUGUGGGUGAGGGAUGACCUUUAAAGGCUUACAAGAGUUUAAAAGCCAUUCUGCUGUCCACAGGGGCUAUCAGGCAGCUAGAAGGACCAGAGCCAAGGUUGGGCCUGCUUAGGAAAAAAAUGCUAAAAUUUACAUAGUUGAAUGUCAAAGGUCUUUCACACCUAUUUUAGAACAGGGAAACAACACAAUUUCAUGUCACGUAAGACUCAUUCAUUACGGUAUAGUAAACAACAACAAAAAGGGCCAACAUUUAGAGAAUGCUUAUUGUGCUAAAUUCACUUAUAUAAAACAAAGAAAGGUGUGGGAACAAUACUCUUAUCCCUAAUUUCAGAUUAGAAAACCGAAUAGGUAGUGCAACUUUUAAGUAGUGAACAAAACUGUUCUGAGUAUAGAAUGAAUACCUAUGAUGCAAAGUCAUAAAGAGGGCCUGACUGCAUCUAAAGAGGAACCUUGUAAUCAAGAUAACUGGGAGAAGUAAUGAGCUGAAGUGGGAGUAGUACCCUGUCAAGCUCAGGCUGGAAAACCAAGUGAAAUAUAGUAGAAUGGGUUCAAAUAUUGUACUUGGAAUUCAGGUCAAAAGUUGCUGACAUUCUUUUAAGCCAAGAAAUUCCUUAUAUAAAAAUGUUGUAUUUGAAAUGUAUUGGGUUUAUUUUGCUCUAUUCAGUCUUUUGGUGCUACAUGAUUGUAGACUUAAGUAUCUUUUUUUGAUGGAAAUAACAAAAUCUGAAAUCUUAAUUUUAUUAAUGUUAAGUCUGGUACUCAUUCAACCAAGUUUCAAAUUAAAGUAUGGAAAAAACGUUAUAAACAUCUGCUUUAAACAAUGAAUGGGGUAAAGACUUUCGAAUUUUAAUUUAAAGAAUAGCAUAGCUUUAUAAUAUAUUAAGUUUAUAAUAUGCAGAAUGUAUUUUAUUUCCUAAAGCGAUGAAUUGUCUUGGCAUUAUGCUAUCUUAUGAAACACUUUCUCACUCUCACAUUGUGUCUUUGUAGUUUUCAAUAUCAGCAAAAACCUUUAAGUGGUCUUAGUUGGGUGUUGUGUAUCAUUGUACAGUAACUGCUAGUACAUAUGGAAUUUCUGAUCCGUGUAAUAAAGUACAUUUGUCAUGGA